AUGUCCAUGGGCCUGGAGAUCGCGGGCACCUCGCUGGCCGUGCUGGGCUGGCUGAGCACCAUCGUGUGCUGCGCGCUGCCCAUGUGGCGGGUGACGGCCUUCAUCGGCAGCAGCAUCAUCACGGCGCAGAUCACCUGGGAGGGCCUGUGGAUGAACUGCGUGGUGCAGAGCACCGGCCAGAUGCAAUGCAAGGUGUACGACUCGCUGCUGGCGCUGCCCCAGGACCUGCAGGCGGCCCGCGCCCUCAUCGUCGUGUCCAUCCUGCUGGCCGCCUUCGGGCUGCUCGUGGCGCUGGUGGGCGCCCAGUGCACCAACUGCGUGCAGGACGACACGGCCAAGGCCAAGAUCACCAUCGUGGCGGGCGUGCUCUUCCUGCUGGCCGCCGUGCUCACGCUGGUGCCGGUGUCCUGGUCGGCGAACACCAUCAUCCGGGACUUCUACAACCCGCUGGUGCCCGACGCGCAGAAGCGUGAGAUGGGCGCGGGGCUGUACGUGGGCUGGGCGGCCGCCGCGCUGCAGCUGCUCGGGGGCGCGCUGCUCUGCUGCUCCUGCCCGCCAAGCGACAAGAAGUACGCGCCCACCAAGAUCCUCUACUCGGCGCCGCGCUCCGCCGGCCCCGGCACCAGCACCGCCUACGACCGCAAGGACUACGUCUGAGGCGCGGCCGCGGGGAGA